AUGCAGAACUUUCAAAUGAUAGGUGAUUAUUUGUGUACUGGAGAAGUCCGACGAGCAAUUCCCGUUUUACAGAAAGCAUAUGGUGAUAGCUUACAUAAAGUUUUGCAUGUUGGUCCUGAUUCUUGCUAUGUGGUCUCUAAAUUGCUGAAAGAGGAGGAAACUGAAGCCUGGGGCGUAGAACCUUAUGAUAUAGAGGAAGCUGAUGCUAAUUGCAAAGCACUUAUCCGCAAAGGCAUUGUGCGUAUGGUUGAUAUCAAGUUUCCUCUUCCAUACAGACCAAAAACUUUCUCUCUCGUGAUCGUUUCAGAUGCCCUUGAUUUCUUAUCUCCCAGAUACCUUAACAAAACUCUUCCGGAUUUGGCAAGGGUAUCAAAUGAUGGAAUAGUGAUAUUUACUGGUUUUCCAGAUAAUAAAAAGGGUAAGGUUGCUGACGUUUCUAAAUUUGGAAGAACGGCUAAGAUGAGGAGUUCAUCCUGGUGGGUUCGUUAUUUCCUUCAGAUUAACUUAGAGGAGAAUGAUGUUGCUUCCAAGAAGUUUGCACAGGCUUCAACUAAGAGUUCAUACAUUCCAAAUUGCCAGAUAUUCCACCUGAAGUCUCUCAACUGA